AUGGUCUCUGCUGCAAAAAGAAGCUUCUUUGGUUUGGGAGGCGAGAGCUACAACUCUCUACAGUCUCCAGCACCCUCUUCUGUCACCAGCCUCAGCAAUGUCUGCACUGGACUCCGUCCCCUGCCUGUCCUCAUGCCAUUCCCCCAGUCUGAGUGUCCUGUACAGGAUGAUGGGUGCUAUUCCCUGCUGGAUCAGCCAUCGCAAUACAAUCUGUCCAUCUGUCAUCCCUUGCUCCAUGACCAGUCAACUCACACCAUGCACCAAGGACAGAGUGGGUUGAAGCACGGAAACCAAAGAAAGAGACGAGCACUCAAAUCUGCCGCCACUGACCUGGGGACAGCAGAUGUGCUGGGAAGGGUGCUGGAGGCAACAGACCUCCUCGAAGGAAUCACCCGUACAGAGGUAGACAAACUUUUCACCCAGCUUGCCACGUCUGGCACCAAGAUCCACUGGCUUAAGGAUGCUCAGGGGCUGCCUGGUGCAGGUGGGGAUAACAGCAGAGGGACAGGAGAGAAUGGCUGCCACUCGGACCUCGCUGUCUCGAACACCAUAGUGGGUGUAUUCCCCAGUCCCCUGGCUGCCUAGAGUCACUUUAAACUUUGAGGGGCUAAAAAGAACUACCACCUGAGGAUCCUGGAGCCAGCGAGCUCCCAAUAA